AGCUCGCCCAGUCAUGGAUCGCAACUUAAGGCGUGGGUAUGCUCCCCAUGAUCUUGAGUUCGAGUCCCGGAUUGUGUUAACUCUGUACACACUAGAGGAUUAGUCUCGCUUUGACAAGGACACCUCCUGCUUUGAUAACAUGGUUAACUGGAAAAGCCUCCAAUACCUUCUUCUGCAGCAUCCUCAAAAUAUGGGCAAAUUCCACUCCAUUGGACAGCUACCUAAUAGUAAAACCAAAACUUACAUAUGCACUGAUAAUGAUGACGUUCCGCGAAAUCCUAUUAAUAUAUUCAACCUGAAAGACAUUCAAUCUAAUUCAGAAUUCGAAAGCAAAAUUGUGGCCAAAUGCCUUGUUGCAGAUUUCCACAAAGGAGUACUUAGCUGCAGAAGUGUUCACCGGCAUUUUCACUGCCAAGUAUGUAUGUAGACUGAUUCAUAUGGACAUAUUACCACGUUUGAGAAAUCGGAAUAUAAUGAUAUUUUGUUGUGGCAAAAUGAAUAAAAACACAUGUUAUAACUGUAUCAAUAAUUCGAUCCCAGAGGGGAAACAAAUCCAUUCUCAAACCACUGCGCGGGCAUUUGUAGUUUCCACAAUUUCUCUUCAACAAAAUACACUUAUCAACAUGUAUGAUAAAUGCGGAAAUUGCAUGGAUGCUCGCAAAGUGUUUGACAAAAUGACUGAACCAAACGUGUUCUCAUGGAAUAUGAUACUCGCAGCUUACCGAAGACACCGGCUACCUCAAGAGGUAUUGACACUUUUCCGUCAAAUGCAACAAACAGAUGUCCAAUCUGAUCAGUUUACCUUUUCAAGUAUCCUGCCCGUAUGUGCCAGUACGGGAACUAUAGAAUAUGGCAUGGAGAUCCAUAAAAGAAUAAUAGAAAAUGGGUUUUUAUCAGAUAUUGUAGUUGUGAAUGCCUUGAUAGACAUGUAUGCAAAAUGUGGAAGCAUACGAAAGGCACGCAAGUCGUUUGACAAAAUGCCUCAACAAAAUGUGAUAUCAUGGAAUGCAAUCAUUGCUGGAUAUGCACAGCAUGGACUUGUUGAAGAAGCUUUAGAGACUUUUAAGCAAAUGCAAUUAGCAGGUGUAAAGCCAGAUUCGGCAACCUUUGCCAGCAUUCUCACAGUGUGUGCCAAAAUGGGGGCUUUGGAACAUGGUAUGGAGAUCCAUCUUAGAGUAGUGGAAAGUAGAUUUCUGUCAGAUACUAUAGUUGCUAAUACCCUGAUAGCAAUGUAUGCAAAAUGUGGAAGCAUACAAAAAGCCAACGGAUUGUUUAACAAAAUGCCUCAACGAAAUGUGGUUUCAUGGAAUGCAAUAAUUGCCGGAUAUGCACAAAACUGGCUUACUGAAAAUGCCUUGGAGAUUUUCAAACAAAUGUAUUUGACAGGUGUAAAGCCAAACUCGGCAACUUUUGCCAGUAUCCUUACAGUUUGUGCCAAAAUGGGAGCUUUGGAACAUGGUAUGGAAAUUCAUGAAAAAACAAUGGAAAGUGGAUUUUUUUCAGAUGUUGUAGUUGUGAAUACCCUGAUAGCCAUGUACGCAAAAUGUGGAAGCAUACAGAAGGCAUACAAAUUGUUUGAAAAAAUGCCUGAACCGGAUGUGGUAUCCUGGUCUGCUAUUAUUGCUGCAUAUGCACAAAGUGGGCUUGUCGAAAAAGGCUUGGAGACUUUUAAGAAAAUGCAUUUAGCCGGUGUCAAUCCAAACUCAGCAAGCUUUGCUAGCAUCCUCCUAGCAUGUGCCAAAAUGGAAGCUUUGGAACAAGGGAUGGAGAUCCAUCAAAAAGUUAUCGAAAGUGGAUAUUUGUUAGAUGUUGUAGUUGUGACUGCCUUGAUAGACACGUACACUAAAUGUAGAAGAAUACAUAAGGCACUUCGAUUGUUUGGCAAAAUGCCUCAACGAAAUGUGGUCUCCUGGAAUGCACUGAUUGGGGGAUAUGCCCAAAAUGGGCUUGUUGAAAAUGUCUUCAAUAUUUAUAAGCAAAUGCAUUUGGCAGGUGUAAAUUCAGACUCUUCAACCUUUGCCACUGUCCUCCCAGUUUGUGCCAAAUUUGGAGCUUUCGAACAGGGUAAGCAGAUCCAUCUAAAAAUUGUUGAAAGUGGAUUUUUGUCAAAAGUUAUAGUUGCAAAUGCCUUGAUAGACAUGUAUGCAAAAUGUGGCAGCCUACAGAAAGCACGGAAAUUGUUUGAUCAAAUGCAUUAUCCUGAUGUAGUCUCAUGGACUGCGAUUAUCGCAGGAUAUGCAAUGCAUGGCUAUAGAAACGAUGUUCUCAAACUCUUUGAACAAAUGAAACACUCUGGAACCAAUCCUGACCAUGUAAGCAUUGUUUGUGUUUUGUUUGCAUGUAGCCAUGCAGGCUUAGUUGACGAGGGCUGUAGAUACUUCAAUCACAUGAAUGAUUCUUAUUGCAUUAUGCCUACAGUGGAUCAUUAUGUAUGCAUGGUUGACCUUCUUGGCCGUGCGGGCUAUCUUGAAGAUGCCCUGAACUUUAUCAUCAAAAUGCCGAUAAAACCUAAUGUGGUUUGGAUGUGUUUGCUUGCCGGUUGCAGAUCACAUAAGCAUAUAGGACUAGGAGAAUACACAGCAGCUUUCCUUUAUGAGUUGUAUCCUAAAAUUGCAGCACCUUAUGUUCUUCUGUCAAACAUCUAUGCAGAAUUGGGCAGGUGGGGUGAUGUUCAAAAGCUAAGGACAAUGAUGAAAGAUAGACAAAUUAAAAAGACACCUGGAUGUAGUUGGAUUGAAGUCCAUAAAAUGGUACAUGCUUUUUGUGUAGGAGACAGAUCCCACCCACAAAUAUAGGAGAGCUAUGCAAAGUUAGAGAAGUUGAGUUGGGAGAUGAAUGCCAUAGGGUAUAUUCCAGAUACAAAGCUGUAUAGAAUCAUGUCGAGAAGUGGAAGGAAUUGAUCCAUUGCCACGAUAGUCAGGAGUUGGCAAUUGCAUUUGCAUUGUUUAAUACAUCCCCUUGAACAACUAUUGCAGUAUGCAAGAACCUUCAAGUAGGUGCUGAUAACCACACUACGACAAAGUUUAGCUCCAAGUGGACAAUGCUCUUCUGACAAAAAUGUGUUACAAGGCGUACAAUCUCAGAUUUGCAGGGGAAGCCUGUACAGCAUUGGAGUAAAAAGCUGGAGGAAGAGGCAGGAGAAUGAGAUGUGAAAGGAUUGGAAUCUUUCAAGGAAUGCAAAGCCUCUCAGCCAGUAAGAAACAUUAGUGAAUGGCUUACAAUGAAAUCGGUGACGAGAAUGUUUCUUGACAUUUUACUCCUAUUUUUGUCACUUGUAUGGUCUUUUUGUGCGGAUUAGCUCUAUUAUUCAUUUGCCUAUGCUCUGCCAUCCAUUCGAGCUAAGUUAUAUGUACCAAGUUAUAUAUGCAAGUUUAUAAUUACCCACGUGGAUUUCUGUUUCCAAUAUGGUUGGAGAUUUCCAGUGAGGCUUCACAAACCAAUUGUUUACUUGGAUUGUUAGUCUGUUUAUUACAAUCACAAUCUCUUUCGUCA